AUGGUUGAGCAGCUCUCACAAAUUUCGGGAACCCGAGCAUGCGUUUUAACGCUUAUUUCUGUGCUCGUGUUUAUCAUUUCCAAGGCCACCUACAACCUGUACUUCCAUCCUUUGGCAAAAUACCCGGGUCCUAAGCUUGCAGCGGUGUCGGAGAUAUGGUUUGCUCGAAUCUGGAUAAAUGGAUCUCUUGCUCGUUCACUCCAGGAAGCUCACGCAAAGUACGGCGACAUUGUCCGAAUAGCUCCUAAUGACCUCGAUUUUGUCUCUGUGCAGGCCUUUCGAGAUAUCCACGGUCACGCGAGCAAGAAAGACUCAGCCGUCUUUUCAAAAUCCGAGAUGUACGAUUCUUUUGACCCUGUGCCUGCCUUUGCGACAAUGCGAGACCCUAAGCAACAUGCCGAGGGAAGGCGCAAAUUUGCCCACGCCUUCAGCGCGACCUCCCUAUCAAGACAGAGCGAAUACAUCAUGAAAUAUAUUGAUACUUUCAUGAGGCAGAUCGCCAACCCUUCUUUAGUCCUUAUCCUCCUAAAGGCAUGGCGCGUGAAACACGAGCUUUGCAAUUUCCGGCUCCAUAUCCAAAUUCUUGAGCACGGGCGAAUUGUGGAAUCUAACAGACUACAGUGGUUGAACUGGUUGACCUUUGACAUCGUCGGUGACCUCGCCUUUGGAGAUUCCUUUGGAGCAGUUGAGCAAGCGACACCAAGUCCUGAAAUUGACCGCAUCAUCAACAUCUUCUUCACUGGCUCCCUUGGGGAAGUGUUCCGCCGUGUGCCAUUGGCAAAGCUUUUUGCACCUUUUAUGCCAUCAGUCCGCAAGCUGUUUAAAGAUUAUAAUGCCCACCUCGACUUCGCUCUUCAGAAAGUAAGAAAACGAAUAGCAAGAGGAAAUGACCGCGACGACUUUUUCGGGCACAUCAUUGGAGAUGAUUCCAAUAAACCGAACGAACUAUGGCUUCGAGCUGAGGCUGAGAUUCUACUGGCGGCUGGCACUGACACCACUGCAACCUCGAUCGGUGGCAUGACAUACUACCUUUUACAAGCACCCAAAACUCUGGAGAUUCUGCAGAAAGAGAUCAGAACUACUUUCACUGACCAUAGCGAGAUAGAUGAGUUGUCCACGCAGAAGCUUCCGUAUUUGAACGCCGUGAUCGAAGAAGCACUGCGACUUACUCCUCCAUUACCAAUUAACCUGCCACGGACAUCUCCCGGGGGACUUGUUGACGGAGAUUUCAUACCCAAAGGCACCACUGUUACCACUCACCAGUACACAAUGCACCGCCACCCAAAAUACUGGACCGAGCCCGACGAAUUUCAUCCCGAGCGCUUUCUUCCGUUAUCCCACCCGUUGUAUGAUACGAAAUUUCGCAACGAUAACUUGGAGGCAUCAAAACCGUUCUUGACCGGACGUCAUACUUGCAUCGGCAGAAACCUGGCAUACCUGGAACUGAGAAUUAUCUUGUCCAAACUGGUGUUUCUUUUUGACUGGGAAGCCACGUCAACACUAGGGCCUGGUAAGGAUAUUGACUGGAAAAGGGAUUUGAGCGCAAAAUUCAUGUGGGUGAAACCGCCACUUCGAGUUAGAUAUAUCCCGCGUUCAUAG